UUAGAGUGUAGACUACAAAACAAGUAUAUAAAGUAGACUUCGUAGGAAGUUUAUAUAUAUGUAGACUUCUUUUAUUACGUGUAGACUUCCAAAGGAUAGAAACGUAAAAUACAUUUCUGUUUUUUGUUUGAUCAUAAGGGUUUAAUAGUACUUUCACUAUUCCUUUAGGUUGGUUUUGCAUUUGACUGAAAGUGGGGUAUACUUUUACAUUUGACUUGAAUAUUUGGGUUGGUUUUAGCAAAUGUCCCUAACAUUAAUGUGUUUAGUUGAAAAUUCAGAAAACGACGCAUUCUCUGAUUGAUUCAAAAGCACUCGUUUGAAUUCCAUAUCGCAACUAGUGACGUAUUUAUAAGUUUUAUGUGAUCAUUAACUAAAGUUGACCUUAAGGCUAUAGCUUGUUAUUACUCUUAGGUGAACUCUCAUUGAUCAAGUAUUCAAUAGUGUAUCUAUACUAUACUAAAAGGCCAAUAUGCUGAGUUUUUAGCAUGUCCACGUCACUAAAAAUAAUCAUCCAAUCAGCUUAUUUCGUUUUGACAUGUCAGACAGGCUUAAAUCGCUUCUGGGCUUCACGUUUUCGGGGAAGAGAAAGAGAGAGAGAGAGAGAGAGAGAGAGAGAGAGAGAGAGAGAGAGAGUUACGAUCUGGAUUGAACGGAUAGGCAAUAAUCGACGACGGAGAUUUUUUUUCUUUUUCUGAAUAUUAUGUUGGUAAUCGACGACGGUGAUUUUUUUUUCUUUUUCUGAAAAGGCGAUGAUGCUUCUUCUUCUUCUUCCUCGAAUCGAAAAUCACGGAUCACGGCGAUCUGUAGACAUUCCAUGGACACAGAGAGAGAGAGAGAGAGAGAGAGAGAGAGAGAGAGAGAGAGAGAGAGAGAGAGAGAGAGAGAGAGAGAGAGAGAGAGAGAGAGAGAUUACAGAAAACGCGAACGAAGAUGUGUCUCUGUCUUGCUCUGUUUUUCUUAAUUUUAUUGUUUCCUUAAGUUUAUCUUUUUCAAUUGAAAAUCAUCCUCCGCCGUUCUCUUAGCCACGAGCACCGUUUUGUUUUUCAUUUCGUGGAAAUCUAAACUCAGUCGUUUUCUUCCCAUCCCUCUUCACCAGUCACGGAAAUAAAUCGAUCAGAGCUACUAAUGGCAACCAGAGGACGAAAUCAACCUGUGAUGCAACCAUGACCUUUUCUUCAGUGACGUUGUUGCUGGCUUGGCUGGAGCUUCUUCUUAUUAAUAAAGAACUUAUAGUUUCUCCACCAGAGUUCUUGGAACACAACAGGUUGAUGCACAUAUUUACCGGUGGAGAUGGGAUACCAAGAUUGUGAUUUCAGAUGUUGAUGGAACUAUUACUAAAUCUGAUGUGUUAGGUCAGUUCAUGCCUUUGGUUGGAAGGGCCUGGACACAGUCUGGUGUGGCCAGGCUUUUUUCAGCUAUAAAGGAGAGUGGAUAUCAGCUGCUGUUUCUGAGCGCUCCUGCCAUUGUUCAGGCAUAUCUAACAAGAAGUUUCUUAAAUAAUCUAAAGCAGGACAGAAAAGCUCUACCGAACGGUCCUGUAGUCAUUUCACCAGACGGGUUGUUCCCAGCAUUGUACCGUAAAGUGAUAAGAAGAGCACCUCAUGAAUUCAAGAUCGCAUGUUUGGAGGAUAUCAAGAAGCUUUUCCCAGAGCACUAUAACCCGUUCUACGCUGGAUAUGGAAACAGAGACACUGAUGAGCUGAGUUACAGCAAAGUCGGAAUCCCCAAGGGAAAGAUAUUCAUAAUCAACCCAAAGGGAGAGGUAGCAACAGGACAUCGAGUAGAUGUCAAGAAGUCUUAAACAUCACUUCAUUACUCAUUUUAAUUGAUAGUUGUGAACUCCAUCUGACUAAAAAAAUUGGUUUAGGGUGGCUCAAAACCAAGAGGUUUCUGCUAUGGUCAAUGCAUCUGAGGUGACAGGUCAAGAUGCUAACCAUUCGUGAGAUCUUGCCUUAUUGAGAAGGAAAUGAAAUUAACAAAAACUAAUACGUAUGUGUUUACUUUUUAUUAAUAUAUAUGCAAAUCACAGCA